GUGUGCUCAAAUUCUGCGCCAUAUUUAUAACCACAGGGGAAGCCCAUGCAUUGGUAAAUCCAAAUAUUCCUUUCUGAUUGGUCACUGAUAGACUCUAUUAGCCAGUAAAGAGUAACAAGUCUCAUUGGAUGCUUGUUGAAGUGAGAAAUGGCAGAGGCUGAGCAGUACACAGUCUAUGAGGCAGACAGCCAGCAGCCCCUCACAGUCACGGUCAACCCUGAAGACGGCCAGGCUGUCCAACAUGUGCAGGGCAUCCAGUACAUCACACAGGAUGGGGUGCAGGUAGCCCAGCUCCAUGGCCAGCCUGGGGUCAUACAGGUAUCAGAUGCUCAAACUAUCUACACAACGCAAGGCGGUUCUUCGUUCACCUCUCUCGCAUCAACACCAUCCACCCAGGUUGUGGCCAAUGCUGCCAAUGUGAUCGCCUCUUCUGGUCAAACGAUCGUCCAGCCAACAUCAGUUGUCCAGCAAGGAGCCAAUGUUAUAGGCACGCAGUCGGUGAUACAAGGAAAUGGUACCACUACCAUCAACCCAGGGGGAAUCCCCCAGAUGUUGUUCCUCAACCAAGUUACAAUCAAUGGACAGACAUCCUUUGUGUUAGUGGAUGCCAACAACAAACCAGUACAGCUACCACAAGGUAUUCAAGUAAUCAAUCUCCCAUCACAACAAACAGGGGGUCAGCAGCUACCUAUGCCUGGUUCCGAGUCAGGGGAUGAGCCACUGUAUGUGAACGCCAAACAGUACCAUCGGAUACUGAAACGAAGACAGGCCCGAGCCAAGCUGGAAUCUCUAGGGAAGAUCCCUAAGGAGAGACAGAAAUACCUAUACGAAUCACGACAUCGGCACGCCAUGAACAGACAGAGAGGGUCAGGCGGUGUGUUUGUUGGUGGAGAAGAGGACGGCCCCCAACCCAACAUCAAGCCUCUUGAUGGGAAAAACAAUCACCAGGUGUUUCAGGAAACGCAGGUGCUGCACUCCGAUGGGGGCCCAGUUAUUCACCACACAGGACAAGCUGCAGAGAUGCUCACCACUCUCGGGACAUAGGAGCUGGACAGACAUUGUGGUGUGACUUCCUGCAGAUGCCGGCGACAUGUUUAUAGAAUUGUACAUACAUUUUCUACUGUGCUAUUAACCAAAUUAAUGAACGGAAGUCUUGGGCUGUAAUGAUUCACUGGUAUCAUCGUGAUGCUUAUGGACAGGAUAUGUGUGUCUUAUUGUGAGGAUGUGUAUGCCUAGAAAACAAUGCUUGUACUAGAAAGAGACAUUCUCGGGUAUGUAACUGAUUGAAUUCAGACAGGCAAUAAGCAUAAGGACAUGUUCCUGAGUGUGUUAAGUUUUCAAAACACUUUAUCAUUACCAUAUUUGAAAAUAGUCUCAGAAAUAUAUAUAGUCAAGUCCACUCUGAAUAUGAUAAUGUUGAAUAUUGUGACAAAGAUGUAAUGAACCAAAUAAUGAUCACCUAGGACUGGACUUUUAAAGUCGGUUAACUCCCUUUCCUCGGGAAGAUGAUCUAAUACCUUUGAUACAUAUAUCCUUUGUUAAAUAGAAACAAGCUUACCAAAUUUAAGUCAAGUCUCUAGUUAGUCACUUUGAUCAAAGACGUAUAGACGUCUUUGCUUUGAUGAUGGAAUUGACUUCAUCAGUCUAAUGUUACAAGUUUCACAACCUCACUAUAUGAUCUGUAUCACAGUGCUCCGGGUCUUUGUUAUUAUUAUUUUUUGGUUAUUGAGCCAUGGAGUAUUUACUUCCAUUUGAUCAUUGUCAUUUCAAAUUUCCUUGUGCUCUUUCAUCAAUUUUUAAUCAUGUGUCCAGUCACUGGUAUUUUUGAGCCAAUGAGUUAGACAUCUUAGGGCUUGAUUUAGCUAUAUAUAAAACAUGCACCAUUGCGACCUAUCCUUGAAAAAUGCAACCUUAUACUCAUGUCAACAAGCACCAAAUUUGAGUCUGACUAAUCCUUACUUGUCCAUACACAAACUUGAGCUUUGAACACACUCAGUACCUCUAAGUGUUGUGUACCAUAGUACAUCACUAACCCCUGUGUUAGGUGAAAUUUGUCAUGCCCUCUUGGGCUUGAGGACAUCAGACUGGGUACUUCAACAUUUUGUGCACAUGUUGCUAUUACGUUUUACAGUAAUGCAUCAUUAAUUUAUUUGACACAGGCAGCAGGCCACUCUGUCUCAACUUUGAUAAAUUUUGAGGACCAGGGUGCAACAUGGUUUUGUUUGGUGCAACUUGGUUUUUUAUGUCAAUUUGCAGCUGGUGAAAGUUAAAUCCAAUUCUGAAAUCUAGCUCUGAUUCUGAAGCGGUGUAGGGGCGGUCUGGUAGCCUAGUGGUUAAAGCGUUCACUUGUCACGCCAAAGACCCGGGUUCGAUUCCCGACAAGGGUACAAUGUGUGAAGCCCAUUUCUGGUGUCCCCCGCCGUGAUAUUGCUGGAAUAAUGUUAAAAGCGGCGUAAAACCAUACUCACUCACUCACUCUGAAGUGGUGUUUGUCGUAAAGGUCUCGUCUGGUAUUGGUAUCCAUUGGUAAGUGAAUAUUGUGUUUUUUAUGUGCUGCCUGUGGCAUGGAGUUUCACCACCACCAGUGUUUGGCUUCCUUGAAAAGGAAAUCAUGUGACACACACUUUAAGAUCACAACAGUGAUACCUGUCUGUUUAUGAAAAGUGAGAGCAACUCUGUAAAUUAUUCACUGCAGUAGACAUGAUGCCUGCAUUCAGUCAUUGAAGAAAGAUGAGUGAAGAAGUACUGGUUUACAUGCUAAAGAGGUCACAUUGUGCAAUUAUGCUCAGUGUUGUACUAUUGGGGUUUGACUUUUCAAGUUUCCAUGCAUAUAUGUAUGCAAACAACUAAUUAAUUGGGUUACAGUGUAUUUUUCGCAGCCACACAGCACUGGAGCACUGGUGUCAUUUAGCCAUGUGUAUUGUGUCAGCCCUCGACUCCUGUAUUGUACAUUUAUCACACCAUGGUGCAGACAUUUUCAUUUGUAUUAUAUCAUGUCGAGGGUCCUUCCCUUGGUCAUCUAUUGUUAUAUUGCAUGCUCCUGUGUUGUAUUAUUUCUCAAGAUGCUCAAAGUAGAGAGUAGUUUAUUUGUGAGAAAAUACCAUUAUCAUGAGAUCAUCCACAGUUAUAUGCACUCCUACAGCCAUGGAAACAUUGCACAGUCCACUGGGCUGAGCCGGGUUUCAUAAUGGUUAAGUGUUUGAAGUUAAACAUGAAAGAAAAUGGGUCUUUGAUAUAACCGUGAAGUUAAGAGUCAAAGGUAAAGGGGGUCCUGGAUUAGAAUAUUACACCAGCAAACGUCAAGGACCCCAAGAAUCCCCUUAAUUUUUAGAUAUCUGGGGAAUAUCAAUAAGAAUCAUGACAAUUUUGUUACUAACAGUUGGAGAGCUUCACUAAAACAUGAUCAUAGAUUGUAGUUGAAAUUACUCACCAAAUCAUCAGUUUUUUCCUAUUUUGAUAUGUGGCCCAAGGUUUUAUCAGGGUCUAGAUUUAAAAGUCUUUUACACAAAAACAAAACCAGAUAUGUGAACCUUUACAGUUUGAAACUUUAGAUGCUGGUGUGAAGGCUGAGUCUAGUGACAUUCUCUUUGGUCCAGUAAGCUCAGCUAUUAAUAGCCUAAAAGAUAACACUCAGGAAAUGAUGCUUUCAACCAUUUUGGGGUUCUAGACUCGAACGUUUUUAGCACAGACUGCCAAUACCACUAUCGCCAUGGUAAUACGGAGAAAUGGAUUUGAGAUGUCAGAUAAAAGAUUAUGCUUUUGAAAGAGUUGCCACCAUAAUUGGUUGUUUAACAAAUCAAACGACACUAUCUAUAACAAAUAUGAAGGCAAGAAAAGAAUCAUUUUUUCAUUAUCAGAAAUAGAAUCUCAGUGUUGCCUCACAAAUCCUCAAGGGGCCUUUGGAUUCCAUUCAUUCAUUUCAGGUCCUGUUUAAGCAUUGUUAGGAACUUGAUGUUGACUCAUAUCCUGUUUUGUGAUACAGUACCAUGGUGACGGGGCAAUGUGACCCCAUCAAUCCAUGCUUGUCAAGGGGGAGUUGGCCAGAGGAAAUCAAGGGAGAAUCAUAAUAAAAAGAUCACUGUUUUGGGGAGGGUCACGAAAAAAAUAUAGUAAUCUUUCCGUUCGAUGGGGUUUAUUAAAACUUUGGAUUACUGUUAUCUCAGAUGUUUUUCCCAGAACAUUUUGUAUUAGAAAAAUACACUUCAACCUGGCAUCUGAACUUAACAGACCUUUGAAAAUUGUACCAAUUCUAUCAAGAAAUGUGAGCAAGCUUCUAAGGAUUUACUGCUUUGUCAGGGAAAGGAGGCAUGGGAAAAAAACCUAAACAAUAUUGGGAGGGUCAUACAUUAUUUGUAUAUCAGUGAUAAGUUACUGGUCUGCUAUGAAGCACUGGUGUUACAGGUUCCUGGGAUAUGGCCAGAAUAUUGGUGACUGCGCUUUAGUUGUCUAAAGACACAGUCACCACAGAAAACCUUGUCGCCGCACAAACUGAGUUUUCUAAUCAUUGACACCUGCAUGAUCUAGCUGAUAGUCUGUCACACAGACCCCGAAACAAAUAUAUCCAAUACAGCCCAUGCAAGUUGAUAAUAAUAAGGAGGCUGUACAAAGAGACCUGAUAAUAGUUUGCAAGUCUAGAUUACUGCAGUCUCUGCAAAUGAAGACUCUAGGGCUCCUUUUUAUUAUAUUUAAAUUCGACAAUUAACACCUGUUUUUUGUGUAAAAUAUGUUCAUUUCAGAGACUAGAAACCUACCCUCUACACCCUUUCCCUUUUAGCAUUUUCUUUACUUGUAAAUGUUAUUUCCCUCUGUGAGAAGUAAUCCCGGUUUUUGGUGUGAAUCCAAGUGUACUUAUUAGAAAUAUGGCAACUGAACGGUCUAGUCAAUGCUUGUAGAAGCUGGUUGAGAUGGGUAUGAUUUACUGGUAGUACCCUGUGUUAAAGAUUAACUUUAAUACCCAAUACUCAAGUACCCAAGGGUCAUAGGUCAUACAUCAGGAUAAGUAUAAAACUUAUGUAUGUUAGGAUUUAGAAUCAUUCAAAAUCUUGCCAGAUUAAAUAAAUAUGGUGCCAUUUAUAACUGGAACACAGCUUGGGAGUUUCUUCCUUUAACCAGUUGAGACCAGUUGAUUGUGCGCUAUCAGACCUCAACAAUGUGUGAUCGGUUGAUUGUGCACUAUCAGACCUCAACAAUGUGAGACCAGUUUAUUGUGCACUAUCAGACCUCAACAAUGUAAGACCAAUUGAUUGUGCACUAUCAGGCCUCAACAAUGUGAGACCAGUUUAUUGUGCACUAUCAGGCCUCAACAGCAUGGUUCUCUGUUCAUGCUAUCAACCAUUAGCAGUGUUUGAAAUUAAGCAUGAAAGUCAAGGGGUCAUUGUUGUAACCCUCAUGUUUAAAGUUUAGGGGUCCCUAGAUACAAAUGAUAUAGAAGACUUCAAGGACCCCAUUAAUUUCGAACACUGAAUUGGUUUGGUUUGUAUUUAUUUACAGACUUCAAUGAAAUUUGAGUAUUCCUGAAUGUCCUACAGUUUACAAAUAUGUUUUGGAGCUUAGGAUAGUCCAUGUAGGGUUUUGAUUGUACAAUCAUGAUACACAAUGAAGUAAACCAGAUGAAAGACACAGACCCCAUUCUGGUUGUUGCAUGAGUAGCAAAGAUAAUUUGAACAGAGAUGGCUGGAACGAGAAGCUGAAUACGAUCUUGAAAUUUGUGUCAGGUUUGCACAAUUCCCCGAAAUAACCUGGCUGCCUUCAUGAUCUGCAGUAUUCCAGAUCUGUGGAUACUGUUAUCCCUGGUUGAAAGUAUAGCAUAGCAGCUGGAUGAAGCUAUGGACGUUACCAUGUAGCAUCGUCAUGUUAACAAGUCAUGUACAAAUUGUACAGUACCAACAGAAAAUAAAAUAUUUGAUAUGA